CCUUACAUUACAGAACACCAGGUGGCGCAUCAAGUAAAAAUAACAAAAAUGGCACAGACGGUAUUUCUGCUUAUGGCAGGUGGACAAAUUGAAUCGGCAGAGUUUCCAGAGUUUGAUGAUAUUUAUUGUAAAUACUGCUUUACAUAUGGAUCAGAUUGGUUGAUAACUUCGGGUUUGGAAGAAGGCAUCACACAAAUAACUAAGAAAAGUAAAGACGACAGGCAAGAGUUUGUAUGGAACUUUCCCCUAGAUAUCACCUUCAAGAGCACCAAUCCACAUGGAUGGCCACAGCUGGUCAUCCAUUGCUAUGGAAUUGACGUAUUCGGACAGGAUGUUGUGAGAGGUUACGGAAUGUGCCAUGUCCCAAUCACACCAGGAAGACACAAGCGGAAAGUACCCAUGUUUGUUCCUGAAUCAGCAUCAGCACUUCAAAAAUUCACAGCAUGGUUUCUGGGGAGGCGGCCAGAAUUUGUUGACCCCAAGGUUGUGGCUCAGGGAGAGGGAAGAGAAGUUACACGAGUGCGGUCUCAGGGUUUCGUGACAGUGUCUUUUAAUGUCGUUUCAAAGGAUAUGAAGAAAUUAGGUUAUGAUGUCAUUCCAUCAGAGGUCUCUACAACAGUCGUGCCAGAUAAUGUAGGCAUGGCUAAAGGGCAGACAGAGGCAUAGUAUCACCGUUAACUGUUUAGUAAUUCUAUAGUUGAGACAUUCUAAUUGUCAUGAAGAAAUCCCAAGUGCUGCUUUUAGAACCUGGCAAGAAUCAUAUGUUUGUGUAAAAUGAUGAAUUAUUACAUUCCAAAUCCUGGUGUGAAGUGUUCAUUAGGACAUCAAAUUUAGAAAAAUUCUUCCACAGUAUUUUUAUUCCGAAAUUGAAUAACUAGCCUGUUUCAUUCAUGAUCAUACGACAGUUAAGAUAUGUUUGUUUUUUAUAAAGAAAAAUGUGGAAAGUGUGUAAAUAAUAACUUGUUGCUAUGCAUGUGAACACAUAUCCAUUCAUCAUUACAGUUACGUACGACAUCAGUAUGUAUGGUUAGUCGAUGUUUUGAUAGUUGUGCUAAUGCAAACACGUGUUUGUCAGACAUGUCUUUAGUACAAACACAAAAAAGGGAAAUUAUGCUUUUUGCACCUUUCAUUUUCAUGUGAAAGUAAGCAGUAAUUGUCGGAGGGUGCACCAGCCAUGUCACCAGAACUUGAUGUAGUUUUAUGUUCACCAGCCAUGUCACCAGAACUUGAUGUAGUUUUAUGUUACACAAGAAAUGAAUGUUAUGCAGGAAAGCUUGGCUUGUGAGAGUCUUCAUUUUGUUCUGAAACAAAAUGGGAUAUUAGGUGUAAGUUGACUUAAGUUUUCAAAUACCAGGAGCUACCUACAAAUAAUUGAAUGCUGAAAGUACUUUACAUAAACAGUGUAUCUCACUAAAACCGUCCAUUUAUAUCAUUAUUUAUUGUAUAAUAUGCAAAGAUAAUGUGAAAACGCAACAUUUUUAUAAUUAUAAAUUGUAUGUAAAUAUAUCUACAAGACGUAGGUACAUUGUAUUUUAAAAUGUGUAUAA